AUGGCGCCCCAGCGACCCGUCAGCCAGGAAUGCCCCAACUCCUUGGUGGCCGAUAUGCUUCCAGUUAGCUCCCCAUCUGCGUCCCUUUCCAAUUUCGACUUUCUCCCUGUCCUGGUUUGCAACGACGCCUUCCUCGCUACCCUCGACCUGGCAACCCUCACCAAACUUCCUCAGCUCGCUCGUCAGUACAGAGGCGUCUUGUCUCUCGUUUCGAACAGGGCGUGGAUGCACCAGCUCUAUCGCAAACUCAAAAUCACAGCAGCCAUAUUCACCGGAGUUGACGUGUCCAUCGAUCGCAGACAGGUCCUCGAGGGCAUGUGUUCCUUCUGCAGUCGCAAGGAUGGCUGCCCUCGCAGCUUUGAAGCCUACCAGAAAGAGAUGCCACUCUGGUGGGCAAUCUGUCGCUGUCCCUCUCUCGAAGCCAAUACCAGGCGUCUGCUGUCGGCCGGGCUGAUCCAAGCCAACGUCGACUGUCACGCCUGCACAUCAAACUCUUCACAGGACAUGGUUCGAACACUCGACCCGCAGGAGCAGUUCCACAUCGUUGACAGUGCUCGAAUCAUCCAGCGUGGACACUGUCGAAGCUGCAGCGGAAUGCCUCACGGACGGUUUGGGUACUCGGUCAUCCGAUUUGAUCACCACCCCUUCCACACUGCCGAGCAGUGGUCUCAACUGCUCCCUCACGAACUCGACACUAUCCAAAAUCGGCCCCUUCGGACCCUUCGUCUUGUGAACUGCAGUUUCUCGUCUGUCUCUGGCUGGCCGGUCGCUUUCCCUUUUCUCUCUGAUCUGCAGCUCAAUGGCAAGCUUCCAGAAGGCGAGAUUGACAGCCUGGAGGGAAUGCCCCAAAUGCCCCAGCUGGAAAAUCGCUUGGAGUCGCUCCGGUGGCUGCCUGUCAUGCCCGAGCUCAAGCUACUCAAACUGCCCCAGUCAGGCCCUUCCCUGAAUGAUUUCGAUACUCAUUGCUCAGGCGCUCUGGUUUCAGCAUCGGUGACAGAGUUGUGGAUUCCGUCGUCGUUCAGUGGUCUCCAAAUGCUCUCGGCCGCAUUCGCAACCAUCAGGACCCUUCAUGUGUCCAUCAGUGGGCCAGCGGAUACGUUUGUCCAAUUUCUUCCGAUGCCACACCUGGAGCAGCUUUUGAUACAUGGGCACAGUCCAUGCCAAUUCGUUGGACUGCCCGAAUCGGUCAAGAUCUUCAACCUCUAG